GGCGCAGGCGCAGGCGCAAGCACAGGAGGACUACGACUCGCAUCGCUGAGCUCGCCAAUCAGCCCUGCCAGCCUGGCAUUGGGCGCGUCCCGGCGCUCAGCCAACGGCGGAACGCGCUUUCCAGGGCCACCUAAGCGUGUACGCACAGGCAGCAGCACACCUGAAGCGCGGCCGCUCUUGCAGAUGAGGUCAGCUGCCGAUUACUCGACACUCUCAACGGAAGAAAUCAGCAACCUGCCCAUAGCAUACUUUUGCCGCGACACCCGGCACGGCCAGCCGACGACCGAAUUCAUCGAGCGCGAAAACGAUGUCAUUCGCAAGCUAAAUGCACCGCCAGAGACACAGGCGUCUUCUGAAGAAACGCCGGCCCAAGCCGGUGUCGUGAAAGCACCGCCGGUUCCCAGCAAAGUUGAUUCGCAGCCCCAGACCGUCAACCGCAUGGCCGCACAGGUGCGCAUCGUCGACGGCCAAGUGGUCAUUGACACGGAUUCGCUCGUGGUCAAUCGCUCAGACAUGGCUGGCGGCACCGGCGAGCCUCUCGAUGUCGUAGACGAGUCUGCGCGCACGCAGUUCACAAACUCGCUGACAUACGUUGUCCAGCGCACGUCACGCAAGCGCUGGAAGCCCGAAGAGACCGAGAUGUUUUACCAGAAGCUGCGCAUCUACGGUACCGACUUCCAGAUGCUCGCUGCUGAGCUGCCUGGCCGCAACAGGUACGAUGUGCGGAACAAGUUUAAGGUCGAGGAGCGGAAAAAUGGUUUGCGCAUCACCGAGACACUGCUGCGGCGUGAUCCCCAGCCGCCAAAGAGCCCGCAGCGGCCGAUUCCCACUGGGCUGCCAGAGUCGCUAGAGACAUAUUCUAUUGUUGCUACGCCCGAGCCUCAGCCUCAGCCUGAGCCUGGGCUGGAGUCGGAGUCUGGUUUAAAGGCCGACAGCGUGGAUCACCUCAAUGGCUCUGACUCAGACGAUAUGCCAGAGGCCAGAGAUUUAUUUGGGCUGCCGUCCGUUGGCGCAUCAAAAGCUGGUUCUUCUCAGAAAUAGUGGAUGCCGUCACGAUUAACCGAUCAAUUCUAUUGUUAUUCCUGCUCUUCGAGCCCAUAGCAAGAGAUUUUCUGUUUUGGUGGGAUUAGGGUGCAAGUUGCCUUGCCUCCUAUUUUUUCCUGCUUCUGCCAGUUCUGACAAAUAUGAGAAUUGGGCACAAGAAUCGUGUAUUUUUCUACUUGGCUGGCCUUGAAGCGCUCGAUAAUAAAAUUAUAGACGAAAUUUCUUUCCAUCUUUUUUAAGCUAGCAA